AUGAACCCGACCUUCUUUUUACAAGGCCUCGGCCGGACUGCCCUACGCAGUGCUGUCCAGCCGGCUUUGUCGCGGAGCUUCAGCAGCUCCAUUCCCGCCUUAUCCAGUGCAAUUCCUCCACGGGGCUGGACCCCAACACCAUUUGUGGCGGAGACAGUGGGAGGUGGCUGGCACACAUAUGAUAUCUUCUCGCGACUCCUCAAAGAGCGAAUUAUCUGCCUCAAUGGCGAAGUCGACGAGAGCAUGUCUGCAUCUAUUGUUGCGCAGCUCCUCUUCCUCGAAGCCGAUAACCCCCAGAAACCCAUCCACUUAUACAUCAACUCCCCUGGAGGCUCAGUCACAGCCGGCCUUGCAAUCUACGAUACCAUGACCUACAUCACCUCCCCUGUCAGCACCAUCUGCGUCGGACAGGCGGCCUCCAUGGGCUCGCUGUUACUCUGCGGUGGCCAUCCGGGCAAACGGUACUGUCUUCCUCACUCGUCGAUCAUGAUCCACCAGCCAUCGGGCGGGUACUUCGGCCAGGCGAGCGACAUCGCCAUCCACGCCAAGGAGAUCCUGCGCGUGCGCAGCCAAUUGAACAAGAUCUACAAGCGACAUCUCACUGGGAAUAAGGAGCUGUCGCUCGAGGAGAUUGAGAAAUUGAUGGAGCGGGACUACUUCAUGGGGGCGAACGAGGCGUUGGAAAUGGGCAUCGUUGACGAGAUUCUGGACCGCCGGGUCAAGUCGCAAGAGGAAGGGGGGGAAGGUGAAGGAAAGCCGCCCGUGUCGUGA